UCAAUAGCUGUUUAAGGCUGUUGCUCCUCUCUAGACUACCUCUUCCUUCUUACACAGUUCUAAGGUUGUGAAAAGAUGCUCGCAAAGAGGAUGGAAUCAGUUAAGAAGUUGGCAAAGAAGGUGAAGGCGAUCCGCUGCGGUCGCCAACCGCCACAGUAUGAGUGUUUGCUUAGUGAUUCUGAGGAGUCUAUCCCUAAAGCUAUAACUCCAGUUGGGUUCUUGGCGAUUUAUGUUGGAGAGGAUCGACAGAGGUUCGUUGUGCCUACUGGUUUCCUCUCACAUCCUCUCUUCAAGAUGUUGCUGGAGAAGGCCUAUGAUGAGUUUGGGUUUGAGCAGAAGAGCGGGUUGGUGGUUCCAUGUACCGUCUCUACCUUCCAAGAGGUGAUUAAUGUGGUGGAGUGUUGUCAUGGGCAGUUUGAUCUUGGGAACUUGGUUGAGGAGUUCAUCUAGUUGCUUGACAGGAAGCAAUUUUGAUCUUUUAAUUUGUAAGUAAACUAAUUAUGGGUUAUAAUCUCUGAUAGGGAUGAGUUUUUCAUCCAAUCCAGUCACUUGUAACCACUAUAUAUACAUGACCAAGAAAUUUCAUAGAUGAACAUCUUCAAUUCAAGAUUGCAGGUGAAAUCUUCA